AGCCCUUCGCUUCGUGGAGUGCCGUCAUCGGUCAACUAUGGCACAACCCAACAUCACACAAGCACCACGAGCAACACUACCGUGAGCGCACGGCCUGCACAAGUGCAACACAACCCGCACCCACCACAGCAAUCUCCAAAUCCGCCCCCGAUCCCAUCCAAUCCUCCUCCAGAGUCUACAGAAUUUGCGGAAACGCUUAAGGAAUGUAAUCAAAGUCUUUGUGAUGUGCUUGAAGAGUUAGAGAACACUCCGGGUCGCUUCAAAGGUCCUGGUGAUCUCAUUGCUGAAAAGUUGGAGCGAAUUCGUGCAGAUGAUGGUGAAGUCAAUCGUAUACCCGUUCAACCUUCGAAGCAGCACACUGAACAGCGCACGACAACUGGACCAGGAGGUGCACCAGCUGCGGCUGCGAAACCAUUGGAGAGCAGAGGACAUGGCUCCCUUAAUAAUCCUGGCGGUCGAAUCCCGUAUUGCGAAUCUUGCAAACAGCAAAUAAGAGGUGCAUUCGUGUUGGCUACUGGAUUGGCGUGGUGCCCGGAACACUUCGUGUGCGCCUAUCGUGGAUGCGGUCGGACGUCUUCUGGAAUGUUUCGUGAGGAGAGCUGA